AUAGAAAAAGAAAGCAUUGAGCUAUUGUUUUUGAUUCUCUGCAACAGGCGAAAUUGUUUGUGUCUAGGGUUUUCCUCUCUUCCCCCGGAUUUCAAUUCAAACAGCCACUGUUGCCGACGUCACUCCAUCGCAAACAGCGUCAUGAAGCUCACCGUCAAGACUUUGAAAGGAAGCCAUUUCGAAAUCAGGGUUCAGCCUUCAGACACUGUCAUGGCUGUCAAGAAGAAUAUAGAAGAUGUACAAGGAAAAGAUAAUUACCCAUGUGGCCAACAAUUGCUUAUUUUUAAUGGCAAGGUUUUGAAAGAUGAAACUACACUAGCAGAGAACCAGGUCUCUGAAAAUGGAUUUCUUGUUGUCAUGCUUAGCAAGAGUAAAACUUCAAGUUCAGCUGGAGCUUCAUCCUCUCAGCCUGCUAACAAUCCAUGUACGGCUGUAUCAACAAAAAAUUCCACUCCUGCUGUACCUGAACUUCCAGUACAAAGUACUCGGUCUAUGACGAACAGUUCAUCUGCAGCGAACGUUACGACUACAAAUGUGCCUGUGGAUACUUAUGGUCAGGCUGCUUCAAAUUUAGCUGUCGGCGGUGAUCUUGAGCGGACUAUUCAACAAAUCAUGGACAUGGGAAGUGGCAACUGGGACAGAGAGACAGUUAUACGUGCUCUUCGGGCAGCCUAUAAUAACCCAGAGCGUGCUGUGGAUUACUUGUAUUCUGGAAUCCCUGAAGCAGCAGAGGUUGCCAUACCAGUUCCUCAUCACCCAGGCAGUCAGACAACUGAAACAGGAGGGGCCACUGCUGGAGGUGUUUCUGGGGCACCUAAUACAUCACCAUUAAACAUGUUUCCACAGGAGACAAUUUCUGGUACUGGAGCUGGACUUGGAUCUCUGGAAUUCCUUAGAAACAAUCCCCAGUUUCAAGCGUUGCGAUCAAUGGUGCAUUCUAAUCCUCAAAUUCUGCAGCCUGUACUUCAAGAGCUUGGAAAGCAGAAUCCUCAUCUAUUAACACUAAUUCAGGAGCAUCAUGCUGAAUUUCUCCAGUUAAUGAGUGAACCCAUGGAAGGUUCUGAAGGUGACAUGUUUGACCAGCCUGAGCAAGACAUGCCUCAUUCCAUCAAUGUGACACCAGCGGAACAGGAGGCAAUCGGAAGGCUUGAAGCAAUGGGAUUUGAUAGAGCCUCAGUCAUAGAGGCAUUUUUGGCAUGUGACCGCGACGAGCAAUUGGCAGCCAACUACUUAUUGGAGAAUGCUGGGGAUUUUGAGGAUUGAAUUGAAUCACUAACCUACAUUGAUUUACAGUUUUCUUUCCUUUUUCCCAAGAUGUGUCUUCCUCGGCGAAUUUAAUCGGGAAGAGUGUGUACUUGGACGAUCCACGUGUUUCACUGAAUCAGUGUGAGUACUACGCAACUGGUUUUAGAAUCCAGUUUCUAUGACAGAAGGCUGAAGGUGUCUUCCCUGAGAAAUAACCAAGGUCAAAACUGAAGUUGAUAAUUUAUGGUAUUAUUAUGUAUUAACUCUUGUUAACUUUGUGUUUUGCAGUUUGAGCUUCAGCUGUUUUGAUGAUGUAUUUUUUUUUAGGCCUGAGUUCCUUUGUUGUUUUGGUUAGUGGAAGAGGGGAUUUAUUGGAUUGUGUAUUGCUGCUGAGUAAUACAGUGCUUGAUUUUACUUGUCUCA